AUGGCAUUUCUGCGCGCGUUCCGCAUCAGCAACCAGUACAUACGCUUCUCGGCGCUGCUGCUGCUGCGCUUCUACCUGGCGCAGUUCUACUUCCUGGGUCUGCUGCGGCUGCGCUACCGGCGGAGGGGCAACGCGGUGCACCUGACCCACUACAGUGUGACGGUGUCGCGGCUGGUGGCGCUACCGUUCGCGUACUUCCUCAGCCUGGCGGUGCUCAGUCCGUACAGCUCGCUGUUGCACAUGCAGCCGUAUCUGUUCCUCUGCUUCUUCCUGUGGCAGCCGCGGCGCGUGCACGAGGAGCGCGUGCGCCUCAUCAAUGGCUUCUUGCGGCUGGCGCCGGCGCUCUACCGGCUGACGCGUUGCCAGCUGCAGGUGUCCUGGCUGCUGGUGGUGCAGCUGGCCCUCAAGCUGCUCACCAUGAAGAUCUAUCUGUGGGUCUAUAGGCGACAAUCGGAUGCCAUUGUCAUGUUCGGCUCUCUCCUGGUCGUUGCCCUGCCCGGCAGCUUCUCCGUGUGGUGCCUGGACAUGGCGGCGCAUCUGAUCAGCAUUUGCCUGUACCUCCUGCUGGCCUCCUUCGAGCAGCUGAACACGGAGCUGCAGCAGCAGCUGGAGCAGCUUCACAUGAAGACGCUGCACGCGGACUAUCGAGCCGUGAAGCGGCUGCAGCGCCGCCUGCUCUACAUCCAGCGCCUCUAUGUGGCCUAUGCGCGGCUCACGCAGCAGCUCCUGGACACGCUGGCGCCGCAGCUCCUGCAGAUUGUCGUCUACAAUCUGACAAUGAUCUAUGCGCUGUCCUUCGGCCACUGGCGUCGCCUGCUGGACAUCCUGAUGCUGGCGAAUGGCUUGCGCAUACUAUUCCAGUCGCUCGAUGCACUUGUUGUGGCCACCAGAUCGCCGCGGGACACCACCUGGAUGCAUCUCGCCCAGCUGCUGCAGCUCAACCAGGCGCUGGCCAUGCACGGCUGGCUGGAUCGACAUUGCUCCACGUCUAGCCACAUGUACAGCUCGGGGCAGAGCAUGCGGCGGGUCUUGCUCCAGCCACGCCUACAGAUUCUUGGCCUCUUCACGCCCAAUCGGCGGUUCUUCUUUCGCCUGCUAUUCUGCUACUGCAGCUACCUUUAUGUGAGCUACGUGUGGCACAAGCGAUUGCCCGUCCACAAGGGCGAGAUUUUCAAUUUACUCUUGCUCUAA